AUGGCGGCUGGUUUAUUGUCUAUCUUUGGCGGCGCAAAGCGGGUGAUCAAUGGCAGUCCUAAGUUAUCGGAUCUGUUCCCGCAGACGAAGCCGGAUAUCGACGGCGAGUCUUGUACCCACGAUUGCGAAAGCUGCACGGUUAAGUACCCGCGCCACUUCAAGAUCGAGGACUCCCAUCCGCUUUACGGCAACAUUAAACCAUGGAGUACACACGUCCUAGUCGCUACCAGUAAAUCUGAUUGGGUUAGAAGCGUUGAAGAUGAGAAAGGUAGUGUUAUGGAGGCUUUUGGUAACGCGAGUAAACCAAGCAAUGGGCGCCUCAUGCUCUCCGCAUCCAAUAUGCCCACACCUUCCAACCGCCCCGACUACUCGCAACCUACCACACUCCUUCUUCUACCCGCUUUCACCAUAAUAGAAAACGUCACGCCUCCCGCGGUCCCCUCCCUUAUCACCAAAUACAUCUCGCGCGCACCCACAACCUCCGAUCCGCUCGAGCCCGUCUCCUUACCUAAGACCAUACCUUCCUCACGGUCCACCGUCGGCGACAUGAUCGCGCGCCCAUGCCCACACCGAGCCAUCGUACUCCUCUGCUCGCAUCGCACGCGCGACGCGCGCUGUGGCCAGAGCGCACCGCUCGUCAAGAAGGAACUCGAGCGACACCUACGCCCUCUAGGCUUGGAUCGCGAUCUCGAUGACGACCGACCGGGUGGUGUUGGAAUAUACUUCAUCAACCACGUUGGUGGUCAUAAAUACUCGGCGAAUAUGCUAGUGUACCGAAGACCCGAUGCGUUCGGAAUCGAUGAUGUGCAGCGCGCGAAACUGCCGCCGGGCGAGGAACCGCAAUUGGUGAAACCGGUUGUGGAUGAGGCGGAGGGAAGUGAGGCCGCGGGUACCAGCGUCGUGGGUGCUGCGCAGUGUAUUUGGCUCGCGAGAGUUAGACCUGAGGAUUGCGAGAAUAUCGUCAAGUAUACAAUUCUUCAGGGUAAGGUGGUUAAGGGGGAUAAGCAGCUUAGAGGUGGGUUUGAUCGCGGGACUGGAUUGAUGAGUUGGUAG